AUGAAAAAGUGGAUUAUUGUCGUGUUUUUGAUCGCUCUUCAACUAUCUGUGUUGUAUGCUCAAGAAGAGCCAGAUGAUGAGCCCGAUGAGCCAGACGACACGUCCGAUGCUCCGCCCUCACCAAGUUUUGACUGUAGCUUGAUCUGUGUAAAUCCAGGAGCUGAAUACAAAGGCGGGAAAUGUCUUUGUCAAAAACCGAAUGGCAAGUGGAAGCUGGUCAAGCCGUCGAAGCAAAUUAAAAAGCAGGAGAAGUGCCUGAAGAAGUGUAGCAAAAAAGGAAAACGGUCCAACGUUCCCAAGUAUGGUCAGAAAUGUAUCUGUAGCUAG